AUGGUCGUACCGGAACUGCCAGUAGAGAUCGUGUCUCAGAUACUCAAGCAACUGAGAGACGACCAGUACACACUUAGAAAGUGCUCCCGUGUAUCCCGCAGCUUCCGCGCCCUCUGCCUUCCCUUCCUCUUCCACCAUCUCUGCAUCCCGAACGCAGACGCAUACCGACAUGCGUUCCGAUUACUGGUACUCGAAUCACCUCACAUCGGCCGGUACGUUAAGCAAAUAGCAUUAGACUCUCGUGGCCUUCAAACCAUGGUACUUGGCACCGAAAACAUCCGCUGGUUGGACGCAGAUAAAUUCUUGAUGUUCCUCAACGCGCUGCCAGCAUUGGAGGUCCUUCGAUGCGACAUGGACUUCUACACGGGAAUCCUCGCAUCUGUGCUUCCAAACUCGUCGAUUACCACCCUCCACCUCUCGGAUAUUCGUCGUAACAGCUCUCUCGACUUUGUCAACCUCCUCAUGGAAAUCCUCAAAGCAGGCUCACAGACAAUCCGGUCCCUGACACUCCAAUCUAUUUACGUUCCCGACGAAAUCUACUACUACGCCAGCAUGGCGAGGAUGUUGACAGCUCCUGGAGUCCUUCGCGCUCUGGAAGAUAUGACGCUCAUCCAAUGCACAAAUCUCCCUUUCUUUCACUAUAACAUCCAAAUGCCGAACAUCAAGACCUUGGAAUUGAUAGACACGGAAUGGACAUUUCAAGAUUCUACCAAGGUGUUCGGAAGCCUCACCUUGAAGUCUUCUUUUUCAAACUCAAGGCGCUUGGAAUACUCGAUGUCCAAGGAGGAUCGCUUCCACGGUCAUGCUCUCGUCCAGGCCGGUAUUUAUGACUCAUACUUGAUGUACUAG